AUUAACAGCAGGCUCAGCGAGGCACAUACAUAUAUACUCAUUUUAAAUUGAAAUUAUUUCAUAUCACGGCCGUACCACGGAAAUGCUAUUUGUUAAGCAUAUGCACCACUCGUUAGUCGUUUUUAAUUACUAAUUCUUAUAUUUCUAUUCGGGUUCUUUGAUCUUUAUUAUAAGCCAAUAAAUAUGCCUAGCUGUUUUUGUUGUAGCAGAUCAAGGAACGAGAAGUCCAAAAUUGCUAACAUUUCUUUUCAUAAGUUUCCGACUAAUCAAAUAAUUCGAGCAAAAUGGUUUGAUUUUGUUAAUGAAAAUGGCUUUAACAUUAAUAAUAUAACCAAAAAUAGUUCAUUAUGUUCUGUUCAUUUUGCUUCUGAUUGUUUUAUUUUUGAUCAAGAUAAAAACAUAAAUAUAAUAAAGAAAGAUGCUGUUCCAAUGUUUUCCGUUUAUAGAGUAAAAAAUUCUAAAACAGAUUUUGCUGAAUUUAUAAAACGUUCCCAGCCAAAUGUCAUUACCAAACCUUGUACAAGUGGUCUUAUUGCAGAAAAAACUAAAGUCAAGUCAACUUCUGUUAAUGAUACUAUUGAAAUAAAAGCAGAAGAAAAUGUGGAUAUUUCUUUGAAAUCAGUUAGCAGUUAUGAUACACAAAACAACGAAAAUAAAUAUGCUGAAGAAUCAACUAGUAAAGUUAAUUUUGAAAUUAACCACGAGAAUGAUGUGUCAUUGAUGUCAGUUGAUUCACUGUCCUCUCCUUGCAUGAAUAAAAUGAUUGGACCAUCACCUAUGGCUGCUAGUGAAAUCCAAAAUUAUAUGCUUCGCCAACAGUUUUUAAAACAUAGUAUUCGGAACCUUAAUAAUAACCUUGCGAUUAAAAAUCAAAAAAUCAAAUCCAUUCAAAAAAUAGUUAGAAAGCAACAGAAGGAAAUUGCAACAAUGAAAAAUAUCAUUAUGAAACUGCAAAACAAAAACCCGAUAAAUGAAAAUGAUGGAUCUUUCACAUUGUUGGAAUCUUUUGUUAAAGCAUAUGAGUAUGUUCGACAACAAUGUAUUAUAAUUUUGCCAUACCAACAUACUCUUAGUAAGUGGUAUUCUAACACCGAUGCCAAUCCAGGUUUUAUAGAAGAGGCCCUUAAAUCAUUAACAUUAAAAGUGAAAAAUUCGCCUAAUCAGCUUUAUUGUGCUUUGAUGAUGGAUGAGAUGGCCAUUUGCCAAUAUCUUCAAUUUGAUAGUGCUACUGCAACAUACUAUGGUUAUGUAGAUUUAGGCAAUGUAAUGACUAAUGAUAGACAUAGUCUUGAUAUAGCUAAAGAAUGUUUGGUCUUUAUGGUAGUUUCAAUAAAUUAAAAUUGGAAGAUUGAUAUUGAUUAUUUUUUAGUUAGUCAUAUUAGUAGUUCUCAAAAAUCUGAACUAAUUAAACAUGCUUUGAAUCUUUUACAAUUAACUAGGGUAACAAUAAUUAGUCUUACAUUUAACAAAUGUGGAACCAAUCUAACUAGAGAGAGUAACUAAGAG